AGAGAGAACAGCACGAAGGGGCGGGGCACCUCAUGUGACGUCGAAUGAUAGCAAACAUGGAAAUACUGAUGAAAGAUAAGACGAAGAGAAAAUAAUUACAGCGAGUUACACAACAACAAAUAGCUGUGUGACCCCUCUCAGACACUUAGUUGCAAAAAGCCUGCUGGUUCUCGCCCUGUGUUACUUACGAGCGAGACCAGCGAACGGCAUCAUGGGAAACACUAGCAGCGAAAGAGCGGCCAUGGGUCAGGGCGAGAAGGCCCAUCGCCGGGACAGCCGCGGGGCCAAGGAGGGGGACCGGCCCAAAAUACUCAUGGACAGCCCAGAGGACGCAGACAUCUUCCACGGGGAGGACAUGAAGGCCCCAACGGAGAAGGACGAGUUCUUUGCUUGGCGGCAGGACAUCGAGGCCAGCGACAAAGGCCCUGCGGGGGACAGGCCCACCGUGUUCCGAUGGACAGGCGUCGGGAAGGAGGUUUUUGUAUCUGGCUCCUUCAACAACUGGGCCAAUAAGAUCCCUUUAACCAGGAGGUGGGUUUUCUAUCCCCAGCUGGUAAUUAAGAUCCCUUUAACCAGGAGUCAGAACAACUUUGUGGCCAUAAUGGAUUUACCAGAAGGAGAUUAUCAAUAUAAGUUCUACGUUGAUGGACAGUGGAUUCACGAUCCCUCCGAGCCUGUAGUGACCAAUCAGAUGGGGAGCGUAAACAACAUCAUCCAGGUCAAGAAGACGGACUUUGAGGUGUUUGAUGCUCUAAUGGUGGAUUCACAGAAAUGCUCAGAUAUGUCAGACCUGUCCAGCUCCCCUCCCGGCCCUUACCAUCAGGACGCCUACACGCCCAAACAGGACGAGAAGUUCAAGUCUCCGCCGAUCCUGCCCCCGCAUCUCCUGCAGGUCAUCCUCAACAAGGACACGGGCAUAUCAUGUGACCCGGCCUUGCUUCCAGAGCCCAAUCACGUCAUGCUAAACCACCUCUACGCGCUGUCCAUCAAGGAUGGGGUGAUGGUACUGAGUGCUACCCAUCGCUACAAGAAGAAGUAUGUUACAACACUCCUCUAUAAGCCCAUCUGAUCCUGACCAACCCCUCCACUCUCUUGCUGUCGCUCGCUCACUCUCUCUCUCUGUCUCUCCUGCCUGAAACAAGACACUCCCCAUGGAAUGCACAUGUCUUCUACUGCACAGACAACCACCAGACCAACCAACCAGCCAAGAUGGCCUCCGCUCUGGAGCUCACCUGUGGUGCUAGAUCUCACUGACCCAUGCUCCAUCUGGGCUAAAUCCUGCUAACCCAGGCUAGAUCUGACCUACAGUACAUCCUAACCCUGACAAGAUCUGGGCCAGAUUUGAACUAGAUCUAGCUAACUCGUGCUAGAUUUAGGCUGGGUCCUGUUAGCUCAUACUAGUUUUAGGCCGGGUCUUGCUCACCCAUGCUAGAUUUGGACCAGAUCCUGUUAACCCUUGCCAGAUCUGGGUCAGUAUUUUGCUGAAUCCCGCAUGUCUAUGAUGGAUGUUGGCCAGGUCCCUCUAAUCUGUGCAGACGGUGUCCUAAUGUGGACCAGACGCCCAGCGUGGGCUGCUAGCAUAGACAAAUGUCUGGAGUGUAGAGUGCUGGAGGGGUGGUGAUGGCUGUGUGCGGACUGAAAGGGAACCCCCCCCCCCCCCCUCCCCCCCCCCCCAACGUUACUGUAUUUCCACAGCAGGCCCCUGUAUUUUCAGCUCAGGCUUAUAUUCACCGACUCACUCGAUAAAAUGGUAUUUUUCUCAGAAUGUUCUUCGGACAGGGGAUCAUGGGUGUUUGAGUUUGAGAGUGCUUUUGUUUUUUAUAGAGCUUCUCACGUUACAAGAGUACAGGGAAGUGAACAGAACAAUAGACUCACUCAAAAGCCUCGAUACACACUGCACUCUCUCCGCUUGCCAAAGUCCACACAAGGGCCUUCACUUAGGUUAGCCUACAGUUCAGUAUCAAUCAGUAAUUGCAAUAUACUCUACAUAUUAUCUAGAAAUGCUUGUGUGUUUUUUGUUUGUUUGUGUUUUUACUUUCCUUUACAUUUCUGAGGCCAAGUAUUCAUCCCUAAGUAAGUGGAGGGACCAGUUCUCUGUAAGAUGUUGGGUUGGAAACACUGAGGUAAUCUGUGUGUGUGUGUGUGUGUGUGUGUGUGAAGGAGCACUGUGUUACUGAAGUACGGCAGGAUUGUGUAAAAAGAAACCAUUCCAUGUUUGUGUAUUUUGUUUUUCAUGCCGUGUGCCAGAUUUCUAUCCUAAUAAAAGAUUAUGGAGUUUUA